GAUGAAAAAGAAAACAAAAAUCAUCAUGACACAUGCUUUACAUGACUUUCCCGCAAAAAAAGACCCUCUCCUCUCCUGUCCUCCCCCACCCCCACUCUCUCAAUACAAUCAGGCCAUUUUAUUAUUUAUUAUUAUUCUCUCUGCCACCGACGCCAACACCAACAGUUUCUUCUCCUUCUCUGAUCGAGUCGAAUCAAAUCAGGUUUUUCUGGGGGGGGGGGUUUGUAGUUUGGUAAUAUAAUCUAUUGGUUUCUUGACAGAGUUUUAAGCUAAUUGAGCCACUUGAUGGUUUUGUUCUUUGCGGUUUAGUUUGAAGCUGUGAUUAUUGCUGGGAAAGAGGCAUGUUAAGCCAGUUCGUAUGAAUUUUUGGGAGGUGGGUUUUUGUGGAGAGGCUGUUUUUCGUCACAAAUGGGUGCCAGUUAUUUAGCGAUUUCAGCAGUGUGUACGGUUUUGAGUUUUUCGGUUCUAACAGAAGUGUCGUUACAUAUAUUGAGAUCAGAUGGUUUGAUUGUUGAGAAUCUUACCAACUUUGAGAAUGCCAACCAUGCACUUGAGCUUCUGUUUGGUUCAUAUGCCACCAUUGCAUUGGUGGUGAAUUUUGUAUUCAAUGUAUUUAUACUACUCAAUCUUUGUCUUAAGACUAUUUUCUUUGGAGAGUUGUAUCCUUCUGAAACUCAAAAGCUAGUGGAACGUCUCAUUAAUUAUGCUAUUUACAAGGGAACACUUUUACCACUGGUUAUUCCUCCAACAAUUUCUCAAAUAGGUCUCUGGUCAAUUUGGCUGACUGGACUAUGUUCUUUAAAGAUGUUUCAAGCAUUAGCUAGAGAUCGACUUGAACGUUUGAAUGCAUCUCCUUCUGCAACGCCAUGGACAUAUUUUCGUGCCUAUUCAAUGUUGUUGCUGGUCCUCUCUGUUGACCUUUUCUGGAUACAUAUGUGUUAUGUAAUAUACAGAAGCACAGGUUCAUCCAUGUUUCUGUUGUUGUUCUUUGAGCCUUUCAGUAUUGCUUUUGAGACCAUGCAAGCUAUGCUGGUUCAUGGAUUUCAGUUGCUUGAGAUUUGGCUCCAUCAUUCGACUGGGAAUAGUGCAAAUUGCCAAAGAUUCAAGUUUUUUGAUGCAAUAAGAGCAGGUUCAUUGUUGGAGUGGAAAGGCAUUCUUAUCCGGGAUUUGGGCUUUUCGCUAGACAUGGCAGCCUUGUUAAUGGCACUUGGUCAUUAUGUGCAUAUUUGGUGGCUCCAUGGUGUGGCACUUCAUCUUGUGGAUGUGGUCCUCUUUUUUAAUAUACGUGCUUUGCUAAGCGCUAUCAUAAAGCGUAUAAAAGGAUUUAUCAAGCUUAGAAUGGCUUUAGAUGCCCUUCAUGCAGCACUUUCUGAUGCAACAUCUGAAGAGCUACGAGCAUAUGAUGAUGAAUGUGCUAUCUGUAGGGAACCUAUGGCCAAGGCCAAAAGGCUACUUUGCAGUCACCUUUUUCAUCUUGCUUGCUUGAGAUCUUGGUUGGAUCAGGGAUUAAAUGAGAUAUACUCAUGUCCCACUUGUCGGAAGCCACUUUUUUUAGGCAGGCCUGAAAAUGAAGCAAAUACUCAUACUGGAGAAGUUCUGGCUGAUGAGCAGCUUGCUCAUCAAAUAAAUGAAGGAUUUGAUCGGCAAAACACUCCAGGUCGUGCACUGCUCGAUGGGGCAUUCCCUACCCAGAUUCAGAACUCUACAGAGAGCAGUCCUUGGAGAAGUGCAGGGUUGGAUUCAAGUUGGCUACCUAAUUGGUCCGGCCAGGGUGCGGAUGGGGCUGGUCCCUCAACAGCUAUGAGAUCAGUUGGAUUGGGGGGGGUUCAGAUGAUGAUGAGGCAUCUAGCAUCUGUGGGAGAAACUUAUGCACAAACUGCUCUCGAGGAUGCUGCCUGGAGCCUUUGGCCAAUGAGUCCAUCUCAGGCUACUCCAUCUGGCUCUUCCACCCCUCCUGCUGCUGGUGGAAGACACCCUGGUGGUUUACAUAUGAGGACCGCAUCACACUCCACAAAUGAUUUCAUAGCAAACAUACUUGCUAUGGCUGAGACAGUGCGGGAGGUUUUGCCCCAUGUUCCAGAUGAGUUGAUACUCCAGGACUUGCAGCGAACAAAUUCUGCUACUGUUACUGUAAAUAAUCUUCUGCACAUGUGAGAUGAAUACUCUGUAAUGGCUUCAUGUGCUCGGCAGUCAACCUUUUCUUCCAUGUACUGAGUGUCUCUGAAGGUUUGGGGCCGUGCACGACUUUGCCAAUCACCCCAGACCGUUUUCUUCUCAUUGCACUUUUGCCUUUUCAAAUAUCCACAAGCUUCAAUAUAUGUACAUACCAAGUCAUUGUACACGAGAGGGAAAGGGAGGGAAGAAGGCAUAAUGUAGUGCUAGUUUUUCAGUUUCAUGUGAAAAAUAAAAUCUAUACAUAUAAAGAGAUGGGAAGGUUGAGCCAUUGAGGCAGGUCUUUGUGCUCUGCGCCUUGAGAGAAUUUAGCGCAUCAAAUCAAUUUGCUCCAAGCUACAGAGGACGCAGCUGUACUGCCUGGUUCUGCAUACAUAGUGUACAAUUAUGAAUAAUAUGUAUUGUUUUGAUCAAGUAGCGCCUGUUAGAUUCUGAGGAAACUAAAUGAUUUACUUCUAAUGCAUGUCAUCAAUUGCUAAUCUUCAAUCGAAAUUUUGCAGCCA